ACACCAAGUAACCCCUUUGUGUUUCUGUUGCUUUCUUUGCGUUCUGAGCUUACUUGCUUUGUGUUUUAUCAUGUUGGGAGUACGGGAAAUGAAGAUGUUCAAUCUCAAAAAGUUGGAGAGAUUGAUGAGCACUCUUAGCUUGCCGGCGCCGGUGAAAAGCCCAAACGUGGAAUGCACUGGGCUCUUUAUCAACAAUGAGUGGCACAAAUCAUCCUCCGGAAAAACUUUCAAAACUGUUGAUCCAUCCACUGGAGAGACAAUUGCUGAAAUUCAAGAAGCAGGCAAGGCUGAUGUCGAUAAAGCAGUGACUGCAGCGCAGACAGCCUUCAAAUUGAACAGCCCAUGGAGAACAAUGGAUGCAUCUGCCAGGGGUGCUCUCUUGAACAAGUUGGCAGAUUUGAUAGAGCGAGAUGCUGUGUACAUAGCUAGUCUUGAAACCCUGGAUAAUGGCAAACCAUACUCAGCAGCGUUAACUGGAGAUGUUGCUCUAAGUGUGAAAACGUUGCGGUACUACGCAGGAUGGGCUGACAAGAAUCAUGGUUUGACUAUUCCAAUGGAUGGUGAUUAUCUCGCUUACACACGGCAUGAGCCUGUUGGUGUUUGUGCCCAGAUCAUUCCUUGGAACUUCCCUCUUCUCAUGCUUGCUUGGAAGUUUGGUCCUGCCCUAGCAACAGGAAAUUGUAUCAUCAUGAAGCCUGCAGAACAGACUCCACUAACUGCUUUGUACACGGCUCAGCUGGCGAAAGAAGCAGGUUUUCCCCCCGGGGUUAUCAAUGUUUUACCAGGCUACGGAGAUGCUGGAGCAGCCUUAGUUCAUCACCCUGGAAUUGACAAAGUUGCAUUUACUGGAUCAACUGAGGUCGGAAAACUAAUUCAGCAAGGAGCUGGAGCCAGUAAUUUGAAACGAGUCACUUUGGAGCUGGGUGGAAAAUCUCCGAACAUUAUCCUGGAUGAUGUAAACCUACCAGAGGCUGUAGAAGUUGCCCAUUUCGGUCUAUUUUUCAAUAUGGGGCAGUGCUGUUGCGCUGGGUCCCGAACAUUUGUUCAAGAUACAAUUUAUGAUGAAUUUGUUGAGCGCAGUGCAGAGCGAGCCAAGAAACGAACUGUUGGAAAUCCAUUUGAAUCAAGCACAGAGCAAGGACCUCAGAUUGACGAGGAGCAACUGUCCAAAAUUGUUGGGCUUAUCAAUAGUGGCAAGAAGGAAGGCGCCAAGCUAGUCGCCGGUGGAAACCGUGUCGAUAGCAAAGGAUAUUAUGUUCAACCAACUGUGUUUGCUGAUGUUGAUGACAACAUGACAAUUGCUAAACAAGAGAUUUUUGGUCCAGUGCAACAGAUAAUGAAGUUCAAAUCCUUGGAUGAAGUGAUUGAAAGAGCAAACAACACGGAGUACGGACUUGCUGCUGCUGUGUUCUCAAAAGAUGUUGAUAAAAUUAACUACUUAGUCCAAGGAAUUCGUGCUGGAACUGUUUGGGUGAACACUUACAAUGCAUUUGGACCCCAGACACCUUUCGGUGGAUACAAAAUGUCAGGUCACGGCCGAGAAAACGGAAUGUAUGGUCUUGAAGCAUACACAGAGGUUAAAACGGUCAUCACCAAAGUUGCCAUGAAGAACAGCUAAAUCAUCAAAAUUGGUAAAGAAAACACAAAACUCAUGUUUUCUUGAGAAUCAAACUAAUUACGAUUGCAUCACGUUUCAAAAAGUAAUGUGCCAUUAUUAAAAUAAUCUUUUUAUCAACAAUUUUUAUAUUUUAAUAAAUCUUUUAGGCCAUUCUUUUAAAAUUAAGUAAAUUAAUAGAUUAGAGUAAAUUUUAUUUCCAGUGAAGGCUGAUUUUGAGAAACCGGUGAGAAAAUAACUGUUGGUUGUCCUGACAAUUUUCAAAAUCACUGUAUCAGUGCGCAUGAUGAAUUAGGUUACUAAGAAUAUUAAUUAAGUCUUAUAAGGAACCGUAUUAUUUUAUAGUUAAAUCUGGCCCAACACUAUUAUUUAUUUUUGUAAGACUCCUUUAUUACUAUCUCUGUAAGCUUUAUUGGGUACUCAACUGAAAUCUGUAGAACUGUAUUCAUGAUGCAUCAAGAAGUAUUGAAAAUGUACCUAGUAUAGCAUUUUAGCGAAUCAACAAGUCCAAAUUCAAUUUUGUCAAUUCUUAAGUAAGUAUUCUUUAAAACUCAAUGAAUAACCUUACUCUUGGGCCGAGUCUCACACAUUUUGUGCGUUUUCAUAUUUUUUUCAGGUCCUAAAGACUUCCUCGAUCAUUGUUCAUGUUUUCCUAUUUUAUAUCAAAA